AUGGGGUUGAGCAAAGAGACGCGCAUCCUCACCCUCUUGGUGAUCGAUGUCGUCUUCUUCUUCAUCGAAAUCAUCACCGGCUAUGCGGUUGGCUCUCUUGCUCUCGUCGCCGACUCAUUCCAUAUGCUCAACGACGUCAUGUCGCUCAUUGUCGCGCUUUGGGCUGUCAAGCUCUCCACAAAAUCGUCUGAUCACCGAUUCUCCUACGGCUGGCAACGCGCAGAGAUCCUCGGUGCUCUCGUCAACGGUGUCUUCCUGUUGGCGCUUUGCUUCAGCAUCUUUAUGGAGGCGAUUCAACGUUUUGUCAAUAUCACCGAAGUGUCCAACCCCAAGCUCGUCAUCAUUGUCGGUUCGCUCGGCCUCGCCAGCAAUCUUGUUGGCUUGCUGCUCUUUCACGACCACGGUCACGCUCACGGCGGUCACUCGCAUGCUCAUGGCAGUCAUAGCCAUGCUCCCCAUGACCACGUCCACAGCCACGCUGUCACCGAUGGCUCGAGCAACAGCAACCACGCCGCUCACCAGGACAAUACUGACGCUGCCGCCAGUAGCAAGAAGACCACCAUGACAAACUCUGCUUCCAGUGACGAUAUCACCUCCGGCAGUCCUUCCGCCGUCCGUGGUCGCGCCCGUGAGGGCAGUGUAGGCUCGAUUCUCGGCCACCCCGCUCAGACGCGCGCGUUUGUCGUUCAGACUGCGCACGACCUUGGCUACGAAGCUUCCGGUUCACGACACCAGCACUCGAACUCGGUCACGUCGGUCAAUGGAUCCAACGAGCGCUCUCGUCUGCUCGCCAACGGAUCGCAAGACUACGGUGCCACGGGCGCCAACGCCGAUCUGGAAGCGGCUAUCGGCUCUAGCGCGGCACGCAAGAAUGGACACUCGCACGAACACGAUUCGCACGCCGACCACGAUCACGACCACGACCACGCUGACGUCGCCGAUGCGCACGACGCUCCCGGUCACGCUCAUGCUCAUGGCGGCGGUCACUCGCACGGCAGCAUGAACAUGCAAGGUGUCUUUCUGCACGUGCUUGGCGACGCGCUCGGCAACGUAGGUGUAAUUGCGGCUGGUCUUUUCAUCUUGUACUCGGACGCAUGGUGGCGAUUCUACUCGGACCCCGCCAUCUCUUUCCUGAUCACCAUCAUCAUCUUCCACUCGGCGCUUCCGCUGUGCAAGUCAGCGUCGUACAUUCUGCUCCAAGGCGUGCCCGCUUCAGUCUCGCUCGAAGCGGUGCGCAACUCGAUCAUGAGCGUCGAGGGCGUUCUGAAUCUGCACGAGCUGCAUGUGUGGCAGUUGAGCGAGAGCAAGAUCGUCGCUUCGGUGCACGUCUUGGUCGACUGCUCGUCGGGCCAGACGGAAAAGUACAUGAACAUCGCCGCCAAGAUCCGCGCCAACCUGCACGGCUGGGGCAUCCAUUCGAGCACGAUUCAGCCCGAAUUUGUGCCUGGCGGUCUGAGGGAGGCGGCCAUCCUGAGUGGCGUACAGGUGGCAGAGAGCGAUAACGAGGGUAGACUCAGGACUGUCGAGGGUCGUCUGGUCGAGAGCGAGGUGCAGAAGGUCGACACCGCCUGUCUCAUCUCGUGUGGAAAGGAUAACGAUUGCCAAACUGAAAGCUGCUGUCCCCCUAGCAACACUCCUAGCAAGCUGACUUCCGGCUCUGCAACGCCUGACCAUCACUGA